CGCCGUAAACAAAUGGCGGACAUUUCGAUCCUAACCUCGCGAGUGGCAAUUAUGUCUGCAUUGUUCCUAAUAAAGUGUCUUUUGGUGGUGCCCUUUGUCCAAGGUUCGAGGCAAAAGACCGUCGUCAAUGUGGCAAUUUUUCUACAAGAGGACGACGACUGGGUUGAGAUUACGCAAGUGGCAAUCAGGAGCGCCGUCCAGCUGGUAAAGUCGAGAACUUCUUAUUCGAUUCAACCUCACGUUUACCAGUUCCGAGGCGACAAGGUCUACGAAGCUGGUGAAAAGGUUUGCGACCUGAUCACCAAAGGGCUGGCCGCCAUCUUCGGUCCCGAAUCGCCGGAAAUCAACGAACUGGUCCAGUCUUUGUCGUCGACCCUUCAAAUACCGCAGUUCCAAACCAUCUGGAACCCGAGGUUGUCUUCUUUAACUGCAGAUAGGUCCUCCCCCAUAUUCAACUUGCACCCCAGCGCUGCGGCACUGUCCAAAGCCCUCGCGACGCUCGUGAAGGACAACGACUGGAAGAGUUACACCAUCAUCUAUGAAAACGACGACGGAUUGUUAAGGCUGCGAGAGAGUUUGAAUCGGAGACCCGCGGAUCCUGCAGUGACGUUCAGAAAAUUGGGUCCCGGACCCGAUUACAGGCCAGUGCUGAAGCAAAUUAAAUACUCCGAGGACGUUCAUUUCAUCCUGGACUGUAAAGCCGCUCGUAUUUUAGAGGUUUUACGGCAGGCGAAAGAAGUAAAUCUCUUGGAAGAUUACCACAGCUAUAUACUCACCGAUUUGGACGCGCACACUUUGGACUGGACUCACUUCAGGAACAUUCGCACCAAUAUUACGGCCAUGAGGCUAUUAGAUCCCAGCAGUAAAGCUUUAAAGAGCGUCACCAAGGCUUGGAAAGUUAACCCGCCAAUCAUCAAGACGAGAACCGCUUUGCUGUACGAUGCGUUUAACGUUUUCGUCACGUCUCUCGCAGACGUAGAGGCAAACAACGUCACCGCCGCCAUUUUACGCCUGGAUUGCGACAAGCGUGAGACAGCCGAACACGGAGCACACUUAGCGGAGAUGGCUAGAAAGUACCACGAUUCCCGAGGGAUAUUACCAGGACCUUUGUCCGGGACGAUCAGCUUCGAUCGGCAAGGUCAGCGUCAGAAUUUCGAGCUGCAGAUCAUCGAAUACUCGAAAUCGGAACCAUCGCUGUUUCGACUCGUGGGCACUUGGAAGUCUAGCAAUCCCAACGGCGUGUCGUACUCCGUCACGUCCGAAGAACGUGAGAAGGAGUUGCAGAAAGAGAUCCAGCAGAAGAACUUUCGCGUGGUAUCCAGACUGGGGGCCCCCUACUUGAUGGCACGAGUCCCUGAAGAGGGUAAAAUAUUCUACGGCAAUUCCCGCUUCGAGGGCUACUCGAUGGACAUAAUGCAAGAAAUUUGCAACGUGCUAAACUGCAGCUUCACUUUCGAGCUGGUUCCUGACGGCAAAUACGGGAACUUCGACCCAGUGAAAAAGGAAUGGAACGGAUUGAUAGGUCACCUUCUGGAGCGGAAAGCUGACUUGGCCAUCUGCGACCUGACCAUCACCUACGAGAGACGAAGGGCCGUCGAUUUUACGAUGCCUUUCAUGACCCUAGGCAUCAGUGUUCUUUACGCUAGGGCGGUCAAGGAACCUCCUGAACUGCUAUCGUUCAGCCAUCCCUUGUCCUUAGACGUGUGGUUAUACAUGGCAACCGCCUACCUUGUGGUUUCCAUGAUCAUUUUCCUGGUUGCCAGGAUCAACCCCAACGAUUGGGAGAAUCCCCACCCGUGCGACCCGCGUCCCACAGAGCUGGAGAACAUCUGGACGAUCAGGAACUGCUUCUGGCUGACGCUGGGCUCCAUCAUGCAGCAAGGCUGCGACCUCUUGCCCAAGGGAAUAUCCACUAGGAUGGCGGCCGCCAUGUGGUGGUUCUUCUCUUUGAUAAUGACCGCAUCGUAUACGGCGAACAUGGCGGCUUUCCUCACCAUGGAAAGGAUGGGUCCGACCAUAGAACGUGCCGAAGAUCUCGCAGGCCAAACCAAAAUUAAAUACGGCUGCCUGGCCGGUGGAUCGACUUGCUCCUUUUUCAAGGACACCAACUUCUCCACCUACCACCAGAUGUGGAUCCAAAUGGAGUCGGCCGAUCCUACGGUUUUCGAGCGUAGUAACGCGGACGGUGUGAAGAGGGUGUUGAGUAGCAAACGCACCUACGCAUUCCUGAUGGAGAGUGCUACUAUCGAGUACGAAAUCGAGAGGCAGUGCGAUCUUAUGCAAGUGGGCGGACCUAUCGAUUCCAAAGGCUACGGAAUCGCAAUGACCACUAAUUUUCAAUACCGGAAGUCGUUUAACGAGGCCAUCUUGAAAAUGCAGGAGAUGGGCACGCUGCACCGCCUCAAGGAAAAAUGGUGGAAGGAAAUGAACGGGGGAGGACAAUGUGCGGAAGACAAGCAGUCGUCUGACGAGGCCGCCACCGAACUAGGUCUGGACAACGUGGGUGGCAUCUUCGUGGUAUUGGCGGUAGGUGUCGCCAUCGCGCUCUUGUUUGCCGUCUGCGAGUUCCUCUGGAACGUGAAAAAGGUGGCAGUCAGAGAACACAUCUCGCUGAGGGAAUCGCUGAAACGGGAGCUGAGAUUCGCGUUCAACAUUUGGGACCGCCAGAAGAGACUAGGACGGCGUUCGUCGCAUCUGCCUUCAGAAGAAAAGCGGGAGGAAAUUAAGUGACGCGUUUCCGCCAUUUUGUUAAAAAUUAUUAUUUUGGAAAAGUUUUAAUAAAAGU